AUGGGGGCCCUGCUCCGCCCGCGGCCCGCGCCGCCGCCGCUGCCGCUGCUGCCGCUGCUGCUGCUCCUGAGCGCCCCCGCCCCGGGCCGCGCGGCCCCGCGGCUCCUCGACCGCCCGGCGCCGGCCUGCGCGCAGGAGGGCCUGCGCUGCGCCGUGCAGAGCAGUUCCUGCCUGGACGACAGCUGGGUCCAUCCUCGGAACCUGACGCCCUCCUCCCCCAAGCUCAUGAGGACCCAGCUGGGCGUGGCCCUCACUGGGCAUGGAGACCGCGUCCCUGUGCUGCUCAUCCAGUGGGCCCUGCAGACGGACGCCAGCAUCCUCUACCUGGAGGGCACGGAGCUCUCCGUCCUGCAGCUGAGCACCAACGAGCAGCUGUGUGUCAAGUUCCAGUUCCUGUCCAGGCUGCAGCACCAUCACAAGCGGUGGCGGUUCAGCUUUGAGCACUUCGUGGUGGACCCUGCGGAGGAGUACGAGGUGACGGUGCACAACCUGCCCAAGCCCUUCCCUGACGGGGACCCCAACCAUCAGUCCAGGAGAGUGGUGGUGCCUGGCUGCCAGGACUCCAUGAUGAAGACAACCACACCCUGUGUGAGCGCAGGCAGCCUGUGGGACCCCGGCAUCACCGUGGAGAUCCUGGAGGCCGGGCAGCUGCGGGUGGGCUUCACCCUGUGGAACGAGUCCACCCCGUACCAUGUCCUGCUCAGAAGCCUUCCCGGCUCGGAGAACCAGAGCUGCGGGGAGCAAGGACAGCCGGUGCCCGCGCCCAGACAAGAGCAGUUCCACCAGCGAAGCAAUGUCACCUUCGCUCUGUCCGACGUCCAACGGUGCUGUCUCCACCAGGUCCAGAUCCAGCCCUUCUUCAGCAGCUGCCAGACCGACUGCUUGAGACACGCAGUGACGGUGCCCUGCCCCGAGCCCCCGCCCACCCCAGAGUCCUUUGCAGACCGCGUCCCCCUGUGGGUGUACGGCCUCAUCACGGGCACCGCUGUGCUGCUGGUGGCCUCCGUCCUCCUGCUGGCCGUCUGCAUGACCUGGAAGCUCUCGGGGUCUCACCACGGGAAGCACGGUGACCAGAGCAAGCGCACAGACGUCCAGCCCGCCGUGGACCUGACCCCGCGGCUGCUGAAGCCCAGGAAGGUCUGGAUCGUCUACUCGGCCGACCACCCCCUCUACGUGGACGUGGUCCUCAAGUUCGCCCAGUUCCUGCUCACGGUCUGCGGCACCGAGGUGGCCCUGGACCUCCUGGAGGAGCAGACCAUCUCGGAGGUGGGGGUGCUGAGCUGGGUGGGGCGCCAGAAGCAGGAGGCGGCCGAGGGCGGCUCCAAGAUCAUCAUCCUGUGCUCCCGAGGCUCCAGGGCCAAGUGGCAGGCCAUGCUGGGCGGGGCAGGGCCGGCCGUGCAGCUGCGCUGCGAGCACCAGCGGCCGGCCGGAGACCUCUUCACAGCCGCCAUGAACGUCAUCCUGCCCGACUUCAAGAAGCCGGCCUGCUUCGGCGCCUACAUCAUCUGCUACUUCAGCGACCUCAGCGGGGAGCAGGACGUGCCGGACCCAUUCCGCAUCACCUCCAGGUACCCGCUCAUGGCCGGCUUCGAGGACGUCUACUUCCGCAUCCAGGACCUGGAGAUGUUCGAGCCGGGCCGCAUGAACCGCGUCGGGGAGCUGGCCGGGGACAACUACCUGCGGAGCCCCAGCGGCCAGCAGCUGGCCCAGGCUGUGGAGCGCUUCCGCAGGUGGCAGGCCCGGUGCCCGGGCUGGUUUGAGCGGGAGAGCCUCUGCGUGUCCGACGGUGCGGAGGUGGACGCGGACCCGUGGCUGGACGCAGACACGGACCCGUGGCUGGACGCGGAGCUGUGUGGAGGGCCGCCGCCGCCCGGGCCCGCCGUGGUCAAGCAGACGCCGCUGGCACGGGAGCCGGCCCCCGCGGGCGGCCUGGCCCUGGCCCUCCACCUGCCCCCCGCGGGGCGGGGCCCGGCCAGGCUGGAGCCCCGGCUGCCGCCCGAGGGGACGCCGGCCGCCCAGGCCCUGCGGGCCUCAGUGCUCCCCGUGGAGGGGGUCCCCGCGGCCCACACGGUGGAGCCCCUGCCCCCCGCCACCACCACCUAUGCAGCCCGCCGGCUGGCCGGGCUAGGGGACCCCGAGGCCCACCCCCUCCUCCCGGUGGCCACCCCGGACCGGCCCCUGGAGGGGGAGGACGUGCGGGAGCAGCUGGAGAGCCUGAGGCUGGCCCUGCUGUGCGGCUGGGCCCCGGGGGACCCCUCCGAGGAGGAGCAGCGGCAGUCCCUGCAGUCCGACCAGGGCUACAUCUCCAGGAGCUCGCCGCAGCCCCCGGACGGGCUCCUGGACAUGGAGGAGCCGGGCCCGGGCCCGGGCACGCCCGCCCCACCGCUCUCGGCCGAAGACCUGCAGAGCCUGCGGCACCUGCAGCAGCAGCUGCUCUUCCAAGAGCUGAGCAAGAGCCGGGGCUGGGGCAGCGCGGGGGCCCAGAGGCCAGAGGCCGGGGACAGCCCCGUCCCGCCCCCACCCUGAGAGGACACACAGCCCCCCCCCCCACCCUGACAGGACACACGGACAGCCCCGCCCCACCCUGAGAGGACACACGGACAGCCCCGCCCCGC